GGCUGGGUAGGCUGGGUAGGCUGGGUAGGCGGGCACAGCGCAGCACAGCACAGCCCAGCACACGGCGUCAAUGGAGCGGUGGAAGGAAGGAAGACAUUCCACUCUUGCCUUCCCUCAUCCUCGCCCUCUCUCUCGUCUGCCCGACGCCAAUCUCAACCUCAUUCCUCGCCCUCGCCCUCGCCCUCCGCCCCAUGA